UUUACAAAACAACCAAAUAGCUUCAUAUUUUAAUGAGUCCAUUUGUUAGACGUUUUUAUAUGCACAAUCGUGUGAAUUUUUGUGAGAAAAGAAUAAUUGUCAUUUGAUGCACUCUGCUGCUUUUCUGAAGAGUCUUCUCUUGGCUUGUCACCACUUAAUUGAGGAAAAACAACAGGAAGUGCAGUCGAGAUGAAAAAAUAGCAAAAAAUGGGCAAUUAUGGACAAUUGGCGGGAAAAUUUUCGAUCUUGAGAUGGUGAAUCAAAAGCAGAUCGAUUGAAUGGGAUUAGGAAGGUGAUUUUGAGGAUGGUCCUUGGGUUGGAAGGACCUGGUUUGGAUGGAAGAAAUUGGAGAAAAUUUAAAGAAUUUCCUUAUGAGGUGGAUCGAUUGAUGCUACAAUCAAUUGCGUUUUGAUAAAAUAAUUUCAAGUGCAAUCAGUGCAAAUAGUGUCAAUAUGUCAUGACGAUGGGCUGGGAAUGUUCUUAGCGAUAAGGAACCUUAUAAAUUGACACUGACCCGAUCCUCCAGUGUUAUUGUUCUACUAAAAGUUCUCUCAGCAUAGUGUUGAAAUCACGUCAAUUUGUGCCAAUCUGGAGUAUCCGUUCCUGCAGAGAUUUGUUUUUUUUUAACAAUAUCUUCGCAAGUGAUAUAGUUUAAUUUUUUUUGUGUCUGAAGAUUCCCAUUGUUGUGGGAUGGUGUCCAGUGCUUAUGAAUUGUCUGUAUGAGUGGAUUUUUCCUACCAACAAUUUUUAUAGCGUACACACAGAGAUAGCACCAAGAUUAUACUCCCAAGCAGAUUAAGCUCAGGCAGAUCCAUAGUCAAUGAAUCCAACUGAACUGAACUAUCAGCCAGUCAGUACGUUUGAGUCGUCCGAAAGAGAUUUCUCCAAAAACGAGAGAUUCAGGAUGGAACAGGGCAAAGCUUACCGACAGUUCUUGGCUGGUGUUGUUGUUAAUAUCGCGAGUUUGGCUCUGGGAACAACUCUAGGAUGGACCUCGCCAGUAUUUCCCAAAAUCAACUACGAUCCCAGUACCACGGAUCCCGAUACUCCCCUCGAUAGGCUCCCAGAUGACGAGGAAUUGUCAUGGAUUGGAUCUCUGGUGGCUCUUGGAGCCCUCAUUGCGCCUUUUGUGGCCGGACCACUGGCUGAUAAGAUCGGCAGGAAGUGGACACUUUUAUCCAGUACUGGAUUCUUUGCUCUGUCCUGGAUACUCCUUGUGACAACUAACAAUAUUCCACAGAUGUAUGUGGCUCGUCUUCUACAGGGUUUCGGAGUGGGUUUCGUAAUGACCGUCCAGACAAUGUACAUUGGGGAAAUCUCAUCAGAUCAGUACAGAGGAGCUUUGGGAUCCUUCAUGCAACUGUUUAUUGUAACUGGGAUCCUUUAUGUCUACGCCAUUGGUCCCUACGUCACCUACACGGCUCUCCAGUGGAUCUGCCUGAUCCCUCCACUAGGUUUUGCCGCAUCGUUCUUUUUCAUGCCCGAAACCCCUUACUACUACACUGGGAAAGGGGACAAGAUCAACGCUGUGAAGUCCCUGCAGUUCCUGCGUGGAAAAACCGCCGACGGUGUACAGGAAGAAGCUCUGAAGAUCCAAGAAGCUGUGGAGGAAGCCAUGAAGAACAAGGGAACUAUUAAGGAUCUCGUUGGGAACAAGGGAAAUCUAAAAGCUCUGAUAAUCUGUGCUGGUUUGCUGUCCUUCCAGCAACUCUCAGGAAUCAACGUUGUCCUUUUCUACAGUCAGAUCAUCUUCGCCAAGACAGGAAGUUCACUCGACUCAGCCAUUGCAACGAUCAUCGUGGGCUUGGUUCAGGUGAUAGCCAGUGGAUGUACACCACUUGUAGCAGAUCGUCUCGGCAGAAAGAUUAUCCUUCUGGUGUCUGCAGUAGGAAUGGCUAUUUGCCAUGGUCUUCUUGGACUCUACUUCUUCCUUGACUUCCAAAAAUCCGAAGCAGUUCCAAACAUUGGAUGGCUUCCAGUUGUAUCCUUAAUUGGCUUUGUCACAGUGUACUGCGUAGGAUUCGGACCCCUGCCUUGGGCAGUUCUUGGAGAAAUGUUCCCGGCCAAUGUUAAAUCAAUCGCCGCAUCAGUCGUAGCUUCUGUCUGCUGGAUCCUAGGCUUUAUCGUAACCAAAUACUUCUCAGCUCUGGAUGAUGCAGUGGGAAGUCAUUGGGCUUUCUGGAUCUUUGGACUUUUCUGUUGUGGUGCAUUUGUCUUUGUUUUCACGCUCGUUAUGGAAACCAAGGGUCUGAGUCUACAGGAAAUUCAAAAUAGACUGAAUGGUCGAAAGGAUCCCUGAUUUUCUGAUUUUAUAUUCUUAGGUGAUAAAUAAAUUUAUGAUCAUAAUCAACGAAA